AUGUAUCACAUCUACACAGUCAACAGCGCGACCGGAGAGCAAUCCAUGUCGAUCCCCAAGCGCUACUCGGAGUUCAAGCUACUAGCCGAACGACUCCGAGCUUUGAAUAUCCCGGCUACACACGACAUGCCCGAGCUGCCCAAGCCAACGGUGGGGACGUUUCUGAGAGGCCGACGUAGCAAAAAGACGAUCGAGAUGCGCGAGAAGGCGUUCGGUGAAUUCCUUUACUACAUCUCGCAGCACGAAGAGCUUCAUGAGUGUGCCGUCUUCCAGCAGUUCAUUGCCAACUAUUAUAGCGGCAGAAAAUGA